AUCAAAUCAAAUCAAUAAACAAAACACAUAGGGCAUUGUUUUAUUGAUCUACGCUACGAGUUUAGUUUUAAAUUCACUUAUUGUUUCUGUGUGGAAGAAUUCGUUAUUUCAUUUAUGAAAUUAUCAGUAAACAAAUUUCUCUUGGUUAGUAAAAUCUACCUAUCAAAACACUCCAUAAAAUGUUACAACGCACAUAUUACAAUGAGCAGGAUCUCAGAAAACGCCAAAUCGAUACACUGAAAAUAUUCAACGACAAUGUUUUGGAAAUUGACGAAAACACAGAGUAUAGAGUAGAAUUUACUGCUGACGGUAAAAGUAUGAGCUUAACAGUGAUACUAAGCCCAGAUUUCCCAAACGAGAAGCCUUCUAUAUUCGUGAAUCCAGCGAUUCAGCACCCUUGGAUAUCAGAAAAUAAUGCUCAAGUUGUAGGUGCUCCGGGUUUGAUAAACUAUACGCAGCAUUCGGACUUAGGGCGGGUAGUCCAGGCUAUAAUCAGGGAGUUCCAGAGGUCGUUGCCUAGUUUAGAUGACAAGAGUGAUGCUAGCACACAAUCUUUAGUCAGUGCUCAGUCGUUGAUGUUUCCUGAACUUAGCGAGCUGACUGUUGAUGAGUUGCAGGAGAUUUUGGAGAAUCAGGACUUACAGGACAAACUGCUAGAAAACAGUCCGCAAUUAGUAGAACUAGAACUUGAAACGGAAGAGCUAAUGAGCAGUAUCGAACGCAUCGCUCAAGACAACAUCGCUAAGCAGAGAUCUCUCGACGACUUAAAAACCGAGGUCAUUGACCGCAUAUCAACCAUAGUGCAGAUGAAGAUGAACUAUGAGGAGCUACACAGGAAGCACCAGAAGUUGGCUGAGAUGUACGAUCCGCACAGAAUACGGGAUUGUCUUAAGAUUGCUGCGAUGCAAGCCGAUGAAGAUGCAGAAGGAAUAGCAGAGCAGUUUUUGUUAGGUAACAUGCCAGUGGAGACUUUUAUAGUAAAGUUUGCGGAGAAACGGGCGAUGGGCCAGGCGAGGAGGGCCAGAGAGGAGAGACUAGCGCACCAACUAGCUCAACUAGACAGGGCUACCACUUAAAUGUUUACAGAUUUGAUUUUCACAAGUUGAUGGUGUAAUCCAUAUUGCCACCAACAGCAAAAAACGCAACAUAUUUUUAAAUUUGAUUAGGUAAAUUAAUUUUAACGUGAAAUACAAUAUUGAUUUUCUUCAAUAAUGUUUAAUUUACGGGUAAAAUUACGGGUCACGGUCACGUGUGAUUAUCGAUGGAAAAGGCAGCGCGGACUUAAAUUGGUUAUUUAAAUCUCACCAUCGAGUCGAUUCGCAGUGAGACGCAGCUAACCAAUCACAGUGCGCCGUUGUGACGCAACGACAACCACACCGCGAUGUGAUUGGGUCGCUGCGUCUCACUGCGAAUCGACUCGAUAGUGAGAAGUGUAGUGAAAUGCAAACCCGUAUUUCGUCGUGCUCGAAGCACUAAAAAUAAUUACCUAUAACAAAUAGGGCUGUGUAAAACUGCACAUGCAGCGGUUUUUUUCGUCGGAUAUAUUCGGCAUACACGAUGGAAGGGACAAAAGUUACGAUAUUUCCAUGUUUUCCAGUAUUUUAAUAAAUAUUGUUAUCAAGUAUUUGUAAGUAUUUAUAUUGUGCAAUAAAUUAUUUGAAAUACAUAAAAUUGGAUAUCGGA